UGAACUCUACUGUGACAGUCAUGGCAUCUCAGACCCUACUUCUCUGUUUUCUCGCCGCCCUCGCCAGCUGUGCGCUAGCUCAGUAUGGCGGCCACGGAGGCUACGAUCACAAGUACGAGUACAAAGAAGAGCCCUACGAUCCUCACCCCAAGUACUCCUUCGAGUACGGCGUCCACGACCCUCACACCUACAACAUCCACAGCCAGAAGGAGGAGCGCGACGGAGACUACGUCAAGGGAUACUACGAGCUGGUAGAACCUGAUGGCUCCAAGAGGACUGUCCACUACACAGCUGACCACAAGACUGGGUUCAACGCCGUUGUCCAUAGAGAGCACAACCAGCACCCUUACCACUACGAGACACCCAAGUACGAGCAGAAAUACGAAGCACCAAAAUACUCCCAUUAUGAUAAAUACUCGCUCCGGUCACCACGUCCAGUCAUCAGUGCCACAACAGUUCAACAGUGUACCACCAUGGCUCUCCAGCUCGUCACAGUCCUCGCCGUAGUGGCCGCCGCCACCGCCAUGCCCCAGUACGGCUACGCUCCCAAGCCCUACGCUCCUGCACCCUACGCACCUGCCCCCGCCUACGCACCUGCCCCCGCCUACGCUCCCAAGCCCUACGCUCCCAAGUACGCCGAGCCUGAGCCCUACGACGCACACCCCAAGUACGCUUUCGACUACGCCGUCAACGACCCUCACACCUACGACGUCAAGAGCCAGCACGAGGAGCGCGACGGAGACUACGUCAAGGGAUCCUACGAGCUGGUCGAGGCUGACGGCACCAAGAGGGUAGUAGAGUACUCCGACGACGGAUACGGCUUCAACGCCGUCGUCCACCGUGAACAUAACACCCACCCCGCCUACUCCGCGCCCAAGUACGCCGCACCCGCCUACUCCGCGCCCAAGUACGCCGCACCCGCCUACGCGCCUGCCCCUCACUACUAGACUCGGCACCUAGCUUGUCACUCAUCUUCCUCUCAUUUGUAAAUAGUGAUCCUCAUGUACCAUAUUUUUGUAUGUUGAUAAAAACAAGGCUUUGUUUUUAUAAAACCA